GCACCUAGGCGGGGCCGAGCUGCAUCGAGGUACUUUCUUCUUUCUUUCGCUGUCGGCCGGCUGGUCACCAAAAUUGCCAUUGCCUGGUAGCCUGGGAACCUUCAGCGACCUCUUGAACCAACCUACCUAGUGAACACACUCCAUCCACCCAAUUCGGAUGGCAUGCUGUGACCAACAGCAGCCAAGUUGGACACGAGUUUGAGUUUCCACAUAUAAAACACAAGACUGUGAAAUCACUGAUUAUUAUGCCACACUCGUUUCCCUUUCCUUUCUUACGACGGCAUAGACUUUCCAGCUUGUACCAAAGAGACGUCCCUGAUUGAGCUCAAGUUUAUAUCCAAAUAGGACGAUUGAGAUGUCACUUGAGCUACUAGACAGGCAGGAUUAGUCUAUGCGUUUACUAAUUCAGCUACUAGAUUAUGAACUCAUAGGGAGUGCAGCAUGCUUACAUUGACUAGUCUAUACGCGUACGUACUACUGUAUCUGGUUGGCGUUGAAGUCAACUUAGAAGACCAAAGGAUUUUAAUUCCACACCAAUUAUGGAGGAGAUAGAUUACUAGUACGAGUAUCAGCUGUCUAGCAAGUUCCCAAGCCAUGCUAAGCUUGCCCAACAGCAUGUUGCAUGCUCAUGCAACUUCUGGUAAGCCUGUAUCUCGCCGCAUGUCACAAGCAAAGCUCGUCGCCGCGACGCUCAUGGCACUUCAGCUCCUCAUGGCAACAGCCGUCACCGCCGUCCAGGUAGCCUUACCUGGGUGCCCGCAGGCCUGCGGCAACCUCACCGUCCCCUACCCUUUCGGCUUCCGGCGAGGCUGCUUUCGCAAGGGCUUCAACCUCACCUGCGACGAGACGCGCCGUCCGCCGAAGCUGCUCCUGGGCGACGGCGUGGAGGUGGACGCCAUCUCCCUGGCGGACGGCACGGUACAUGUCCAGACCAAGGUCGUGGCAUUCCGACCACUUUACACAAACAGUGCCGUCGGCACGAGGAGAUCUAUCGACCGCAACUACUCGUGGUACGGCGGCCUGCCGGAAGUGUACAAGAGCGGCGCGCAGCUCGCGGUGUCCACCGAGCACAACGUCUUUGUGGCCAUCGGGUGCAACUUCAUCGGCUACCUCCUCGCAGUCAGCGAUGGGGGUCGCGAGUAUGUCAGCACAUGCUCCACGCUGUGCAACGGCAAAACCCGGGACGCCUUGUGCACGGGCGUCGGCUGCUGCUGGACGACCAUCGCGCAGCGCUACCCCGGGUACCAGGUGAAGUUCAAGGAUUUGGACGAUACGGUGGCAGCGUACGCGGGCCAAAGCCGUGCGUCGGUGGCCGCCUUCAUAGUCGAUCGCGAGUGGUUCGUAGGCACCAUGCAGAACACUGUCAGCUUCAAUGAUUUUGUCAAUGAUGAUUUCGGUAACGGGCCGUCCAGCAUGCCCACCGUGCUGCAAUGGUGGCUAGACGUAGAUAGCGACCGUGACUUGGUCGUCAAGGAUCCACGUUCUGCAUCUCGUUGGAGAUGCAUAAGCUCCAAUAGCUUCGCUGCCUACAUCGGCGACGCAGUGAACAAAGUAAGGUGCAACUGCUCGGAUGGAUACGAGGGCAACUCGUACAUCGUUGACGGAUGUCAAGAUAUCGAUGAGUGCUUACAGCCAGAUGUUUAUCCCUGCCAUGGAACAUGCAUCAAUAUGCCAGGGACAUACAGAUGCUCAGCAAAGAAAAGAAUCAUCAGCUUAGCAGGUCUAAUUACCAUAAUAGCAAUUGUUGCUGGUUUUGGCCUACUAUUUUCACUCCUAGGUGUUGCCCAAGUCACAAAAAAACUCAAGAAACGAAGAGCCAAGAAGAUCAGACAAAAAUUCUUUAAGAAAAACCAUGGACUGCUUCUGCAACAGUUAAUCUCUUCGAACAAAGAUAUAGCCGAACAGAUGAAGAUUUUCAGCUUAGAAGAACUAGAACAAGCAACCAACAAAUUUGAUCAUAAUCGGAUCCUUGGUGGCGGUGGGCAUGGCAUGGUGUAUAAAGCCAUCUUAUCUGAUCAACGUGUCGUGGCCAUCAAGAAGGCCAAAAUUGUUGUGCAGAGGGAAAUCGACCAGUUCAUAAAUGAGGUUGCCAUACUUUCACAGAUAAACCACAGGAAUGUGGUGAAACUUUUUGGUUGUUGUCUCGAGACAGAAGUUCCUCUACUAGUUUAUGAGUUCAUAUCGAAUGGAACUCUCUCUUGUCAUCUCCAUGGCAAAAGUGAGAACCAUUUGUCAUGGAAAACUCGAUUGAGGAUUGCGUUGGAAACUGCAAGGGCUAUUGCAUAUCUACACUCUGCAGCUUCCAUAUCAGUAUACCAUAGAGAUAUCAAAUGUGCCAAUAUUCUACUUACUGAUACUUUAAUAGCAAAAGUAUCAGAUUUUGGAGCUUCGAGGUCAAUUGCAAUAGAUGAGACAGGAAUACUUACAGUUGUCCAAGGAACCUAUGGUUACCUUGAUCCUGAAUACUACUACACGAGUCGACUGACGGAGAAGAGUGAUGUUUACAGCUUUGGUGUCAUCCUAGCAGAGCUAUUGACAAGUGUCACACCAGUUUUUUCUUCUCAUUCAUCAGAAGGAACAAGCCUAGCAUCACACUUUGUAUCACUAAUGAGCAACAAUCGCUUGUCAGAUAUUCUAGAUACACAAAUUAUUCAUGAAGGAGGAGUUGAAGAUGCUGAGGUGGUUGCAACACUUGCACAAGCAUGCUUAAGCUUAAAAGGGGAAGAAAGACCUACAAUGAGGCAAGUGGAGACAACACUUGAAGAUGUGCAUAACUCAAAGGUCAAGCUCAGUUCUCAGACAACAAGAGUGAAUCAGAAUGCUAUGAAAGAUCAGCCAUGGAUGGGGAACAAAGGCGGUGAAGAAACUAGGUUAUACAGCUUGGAGAAGGAGUUUAUCCAAUCAUCCGAAAUUCCUAGAUGAGUUUACUUGCAUGGUAAAAUGAGUCAGGUAUUAUUGUUAGUUUGGGUGCCAUGCUGCAUGCCACAUGUAAAUUUCUUAAACAACAGCCGAGUGUAAAUUAGGAACUGUUGAUUGUAACCAUAUGUGUAUUUCCUAUGCUAUUGAGUCAUGCAGAACCAAAUAUGCAAAAGUAAAUAAAAUGA